AUGAAAAUGAAAAAUCCUCCCGUGAACAGCCUCAGCUUGGAGCUCCUAACAGAAUUCUCUAUCGGCCUGGAAAAGCUGGAGAUCGACCGAGGCUGCCGGGGGCUUAUCCUGACCUCCGUACGUGAUCCGAUUUUUUCUGCUGGGCUGGACAUCACAGAGAUGUGUGGAAAGAGUGCUGAGCACUAUGCAGCUUUCUGGAGGGCUGUGCAGGAGAUGUGGCUGAAACUGUUCGGAUCCAAUAUGGUGAUAAUCGCAGCUGUCAAUGGUUCCAGUCCCGCUGGAGGGUGCCUUAUGGCCUUGUGCUGUGAUUACAGGAUCAUGGCAGACAGCCCAAAGUACAGCAUUGGCCUGAAUGAGACCCAGCUGGGCAUAGUAGCUCCCUUCUGGUUCAAGGACACAAUGACACACAUUGUAGGGAGCCGUGUGACAGAGCAAUCCCUCCAGCUGGGACAAAUGUAUCCUGCCCCCGCAGCUCUUAAAAUCGGUCUUGUGGAUCAGUUAGUUCCAGAGGAUAAGGUACAGAGCACUGCAGCUACCGUCAUGGCUCAAUGGCUGUCUGUCCCAGAUCAUGCCCGUCAGAUCACCAAGUCUAUGAUACGUAAGCCUAUCAUAGACAGGCUAGUCAAACAGCGAGAGGCCGAUAUCAAUAAUUUUGUCAGCUUCAUCUCCAAGGAAUCCAUCCAGAAGUCUUUGCUAGUCUACAUGGAAAGGUUGAGGCAGAAGAAGCAGUAA